AUGGCGCCAGAGGAGGCUCGAAUCAGUGCAGCAGCUGAGGGUGGCACGAACCGGCAUCGAUCUGCUGGGCAGUUUCGAUGUGUUGGAGGAGCAGAGCUUGGAGUCCAUUACAGCUUGUCUGCAGACACAUUUUACUAUUGGCAGGAACUGCACAAACACCCCAUCGGCGAUGAUGCAGAGGAGGUUGUACCCGAAGUGCUGGCAUCAGUGGACGCUGUUGAGGCUUUGGAGGCAGCUCUGGCUGCCAGGUCAGCAGCAGAGCCUGAGCUGGCGCCACCUGGCCCCAACGGCCUUAUGUCACCGGCAGUGCAGGGCAUGAUUCUGCUCAACAUCAGCGCCGCCCUAUUCGGGUCCAAUCAGGUAGUCAUUAAGCUGGCGGAGGCUGAUGUGAGCGUGAGCGCGCUGUCAGCGCUGCGCUUCGGCAUCGCUGCGAUAUGUUUCCUGCCCGCCGCCAGCCGCGGCCUUCGCAUGCCCCAGCUGCGCGCCACCGCCCUCGAGCUCGGAGUCUGGCUCUUUGGCGGCUACACGCUGCAGGCGAUGGGGUUGGAGUACACGACUGCCUCGCGUGGGGCAUUCACGGGCACCUUCACAGUGCUGGCCGUGCCAAUCCUGGUCGGUCUGUCAGGACGCAAGAUCCCCUGGUCCACAUGGGCCGCCGCGGCCGGCGCGCUCACCGGCGUGGGUCUCCUGACGACGAGCGGCGCCGACCCGAACGUGGGCGACGCGCUAUGCAUCGCGUCUGCGGCGCUGUUCGGAGUGCAUAAAUGGCGCAGCGAGGCGGCGACCACGCGCCACAGCGAGAGCACCAGCGAGCUCAUCGCGGUGCAGCUGCUCGUGCUGGCGUCGGCUUCCGCGCUGUUCUGCACUCCGGAGCUCCUUGGGCAGAUUUCCCAGGGCCCAGAGCACCUGCUGGCAGCUGCAGAGGGCCUCCCCUGGCCGGCACUGGCCUUCAUGGGCCUGGCAACGACGGCGUUCACUCUCUCAGUGGAGAUGCACGCCCUCAAGUCAGUCUCUUCCCCGCUCGCUGCUCUCAUCUACACGGCUGAGCCACUUUGGGGAGCGCUGUUCGCCUGGGUGCUGCUUGGAGAGCGUUGGGGGCCCACUGGCUGGGCAGGCGCCGCUCUCAUAAUCGCUUCCACUCUUGCCGCGCAGUUUCUUGGCGGCAGCGAGAAGACCAAGGAGGCUUGA